CCUGGAGGCACUGGUGACACCGCUUUGCAAAGAGCAAGUUGGAGCGCCGCGGAGGGAGCAGCGAGCCAAGAUGUCCGUGGCAGAUUCCCCGUGACUCGCUGCCUSCUGUGUGCUUCUGCUGCUCUCUUUGCAUUACACCAAAGGAUCCUGCAUGGUGGGGAAGCUAAAAUCACUCAUCUGACGGAAGCCUAACCAGCCCWAAAGAAUCUGAACAGUUCUUGUUGACGCAUUUACCCCAGCCUGCAUGUCCUAUGCCUUCAGGAUAGGUCUUCAUCCAGGGCCAGCACGGUGCCUGAAAGGGAAACCCUUUGGAUGCAGCCAUCCUGCAAGGAUCUAGGUCCGUCAUACCACAGCAGUGCUCAGCUCUGAGCCUUUCCUGCCUCCGCUUGUGACCUCCACAGCUCACCUCUAUGCUCUUUGAGGAUGUCUCUGCCUAAAAUCCAAAUAGAAGAGGCACCGGAGAGCACGGAUACCAGCUUGGGAGGUGCUGUUCCUCCCGAUGAUCACCUGAGGAGCCUCAAGGCAUUGACGGAGAAGCUGAGACUGGAAACCAGGCGUCCAUCGUAUUUGGAAUGGAAGGCAAAGCUGGAGGAGCAGGCAUGGAAAAGCCCCCAGUCAACAGGAGAGGAAGAGGCAAAUGAGGCCAAAAAGGCCACGGAGGAGACUGUCCCUCUAAGGAAGGUGCAGCUACAGCUCAAUGGGAGCUCUUCCCAGGACAAGGUGACUCUUACCUCAGGGAAAAUAGGUGGUUUUGAGAGCAUCGAUGAAGCUUUGACGUGGCUCAGAAAGGAACUGGCAGAAAUGCGCCUGCAGGACCAGCAGCUGGCGAGGCAGCUCAUGCGUCUUCGGAGCGACAUCAACAAGCUGAAAAUUGAGCAGACCUGCCACCUGCACCAGCGCAUGCUCAACGAUGCCACGUACGAGCUGGAGGAGAGGGAUGAGCUCUCCGACCUCUUCUGCGACUUCCCGCUCAUGAGCUCCUUCAGCCUCUCCACGCCGCUCAAGCUCAUCGGGGUCACCAAGAUGAACAUCAACUCCCGACGGUUCUCACUUUGCUGAAGGGGGGCUGAAGAGGGAAGGAUAGAGGGGAGAGAGAGAGGACUGGGCAGCACAAGGGCUCUCUCCACCUGAUAGCUAGCUGCAAAGAGGCCUCGGAGAAGCAGAGGUAACAGGAGCAAACAGGGAACCCAUAGCUGGUCUUGGUGAUGGGGUAGAGAAGCAGAGCUUGUCACUGAGAUGUGCCGGAGACGCCUGUAGAGAAGACAAGAUCUGCAGGAACCAUGGAGAACAUCUGAACCCAUCAUGUGCACUUAGCCAGCCCCACUGAGAAGUCCCUUCUCCUCCACUCCCUGCAAGAGCUAAGAGGCUGACACAGCUCCAGUGUGGUUGGUUGUACUCAGAAGCCCAAGGGGAGGUUCAAGGGAAAGCCACAAAACAGAGAAAAAAUCCUUUUCCCAUCCCCUUCACCUUCUCUCAGACUAGGGCCAUCCUUUUAGAAAGUCACCUUCCUUUCUGGACAAGUCCUUGGGCAUUGACCCUCAGCCUCAGCUGUUCCAGACAUAAGGUCCAUUUGGCUAUUUCAGGGUGAAGCUGAUUACCAGAAGAAAAGGGCCCUCUUGGCAGGUGAAGGAGAGGGAGUUGAAUUGGAUGCAACACCAAAAAGUGCUGAGAAGUAGAGCUGUUUGCAUGCUCUGUUGAGUCCAGUGUACGCUAGUUUAAGUUUGCUCAUGGUAUGGAUUAUGGAGACAUCAUGGUUACAUUUAGAUAGAAAUCCUAGCUGGCCACAGGUCAUCUGUGCACUCUAAAAAUUAUAGUGGGAGCCACACAUGUCCCAGAUCUCAUUGUCAGCAAGGUGCCAUGUGGUUACCCUCAUAAGCAGUAAUGCAAAGAAGAUAAUUUAUCCUACCAUGACAUCCCAUGACAGAGAAAUCAUCCCAGAUUGACAUCUUCCCCAGUACCACAAGCAAGUCCUGAAUCCUCUGUAGCAACACGCUUCCACCAAAGCAGGAAACUUCAAAGGGAGCAAAAGGACUUUUGUUUAGUAAAGCGUGACUAUAAAUUAAAAGAAGAAACAUUGCUUCAAUAAGUUGCCAUCAACAUGUUUUGGACCUGCAGCAAACACAUAGGAUUCCCUGCCUGUUUGGCAGAAUACAAGACAGUUUAAGAUGUUCUAUUUUCUUGCCUUUCAGUGCAAGGAGUUUUGUGCGGCGUGGAGGGCAGAGAUACCCAUGGUCUAGAUGAGCAAGGAUGGGGACAUCCAAUCUAGCCAAGGUAACCUUGAGAUACCUGGUGCUUGAGACAGGCCAUUCCUGGUUGUCUCCAGGUUCUCCUUCCUGGUUCCUCACCUCUCCUGACCAUGUCAUAGCAGUGGAGUCCUUCAGUCCGCCAAGCCAAAGCAGCACACUGGAGAGGACGGAGGCAAAUUGAACCGAUGAGAUGCAACUAUGUCUGCACAACUACCAAGGGAACCAAGCGGGCGCUGAGCUGAGCUCUGUGUGGCCUCGCUGACAUGUGUCUGUGUCUGUAAGCUCUGUGUGUGUGUGUGUAUGUGUAUGUGCUUUUGUAUGUGUGUACAUGAGCCUGCAGGAAGCCUCUCUAGGGAGGGACAGAGGGAASAGUGAGCCCACUUCGCUGCUUCCAAUUGAGAUGCAAACUAAAAGUCGAUGCUGACAGGAGAAUGAGGAUGCAACAAGUCAUCAGGGCUUUGAGUUCGCAUGGUUCAUGCCAAUGCAGAGCACUGGCUCCAUGAGACAUACAGUUGUGGAAAUGGGAAGGCACAGCCUGGCGYAACCCUGUGGUAGGAAGGUUUGGAUGUGUCUGCUCUCAGCUAGUGCUUUAACUUCAUGGGUCUCCAUGGUGGGGACAAGUCACUUUGCAGAGGGGUUCAUAGCCACUUGGGACUGCUCGUGGCCUCCAGAUCCGGUUCAGUCCUCUAUCUCCAGGGGCUCCAUGCUGUAUAACCCCUUGGUGGUUCCUGCCUCUCCAUCUGAAAGCUCACUGGGGCUCCUUCCCCAGUGGCACUUGGAAGCUCUUUAAGCUCCUGUGGUCACAAACCUGCCUCCAGUUUCCAUUCUUAAUCAAUUCACAACCAGUCCCUGCACUCAAUGUUUUUCUCCAGUUUCAUUGCAACAGGUCUCCUUCCUUCCUGGUGCUUUUUCCUUUUUUUUCUCACCACUGCAUUUCAUAGACAGCAGUCAACCUCCCUUUGCUAAGUUAAAAAUCCCAGGUUUAUUUAGUCCCCUCUCCUGAGCUCCUCAAUCCUCAUCCUGGGAGUCUCCUCCCAGGAAGACUCCAAUCCUGGGAGUCUCCUCCACCCUUCCUGCACUGGGAACUUGUGCUCGGAGCAGAGCGCUGCUUUGGUGAGUUGAAGUGUCUGUGCAUUUCUGUGAAAAGUAUAAUUUCUUUCUGCUAAGAAAGGCCCCUGGAGCUCUGUCUAUACUCUUAAGUUAAAYAGUACAGUGCUCCGACAUGGAAACUUGCACUGCCCAGGCACUUAAGAAGUUUAAUAGG